AGAGCCUCAGUCCGACAGUUGUCAGGGGAAGAACAAGUAUCAUAUACAACAGUAGCUGCAUUUCCUGUUGAUUGGAAAUAUCGACGCAACUUCAUUGUAAGGGAUUUUAUUUUUUAAUACCAGUGAAACCCGUAUUUUUUUAUAAAAUGGCAACAACGAUACCAACAUCCCGGGGCUUUACUCAUAAGCGGUAACUGUUGUAGGUCCUCCGCUGCGGCAGGAAUUUCAAUUAUACUAGAGUCUCGGAAGUGUGGUGUGGAAGAUGACAGUCAAAUUGGACUUCGAGGAGUGUCUGAAAGACUCCCCCCGUUUCAGGGCUAACAUUGAAGAAGUCCAAAACAAUGUGAGCGAACUGGAGGUACGAUUAGAGAAGCUGGUGAAACAAUGCCAGGCCAUGCUGGAGGCAGGCAGAGUCUACUGCCAGACCAGCAAGAGCUUUGUCAACGGCCUCCGAGAGCUGGGCCACCAGUGCUGUGGAGACAAGAUGAUGGAGGAAUGUUUACAUAAAUUUUCCACAAAGCUGUCAGAUAUCUUGGACUCUCAGGGGGAAGUGAUCGAGACCACGCAGAAGUCAGUGAAAACCAAGCUGCAGACCUUUGUCAAAGAGGAUGUCCGUCAUUUCAAAGACGUGCGAAAGGAGUUUGAGCGCAGCAGCGAAACGCUGGAGGGGGCGCUGGCCAAAAACGCUCAGGCUCCACGCGGGAAGCAACAUGAAGUGGAGGAGGCCAAUAACGCUCUGCUGAACGCACGCAGGAUCUUUAGGUCUGAGGCCUUGGACUACGUCCUGGAGAUAAAUGUGAUCGAGGCCAAGAAGAAGACAGACAUUCUGAUGGCAAUGUUGUCUUUAAUGGAGACCCAAGCCCAGUUUUUCCAACAAGGCCACACGUCACUGUCAGAACUGGAGGAGUAUCGACAAAAACUGAAUGAAGAGCACACUCAGUUUGUCCUCAACUCAGCCAGAGAGAAGAGGGACAUGGAGCAAAGACACGCUGCAAUUAAGAAAAAGGAUGUGUCUUACGACGACUCCAUUAUGGACUUUAACGCUGACGCAGCCAGUGGCAUUGCCAUGGAAGGAUAUCUCUACAAGAGAGCCAGUAACGCCUUCAAGACUUGGAGCAGGCGUUGGUUUUCAAUUCAGAAAAAUCAGCUGGUGUAUCAGAAGAAAUACCGGGAGCAGCCCACAGUUGUGGUGGAGGACUUGCGUCUCUGCACAGUCAAACCCAGCAGUGAAAAUGAGAGACGGUUCUGCUUUGAAGUGGUCUCGCCAUCAAAGUGCUGUUUGUUGCAGGCUGACUCAGACCGACAGCAGCAGGCCUGGAUGAGUGCCGUCCAAAACAGCAUCGCCUCAGCUUUUCAGGAGAGAAGAGAUGAUUCGCACAGUCCUAGACAGCGCUGCAGCUCAAUGUCAGCAACUUUAGGAGGCGGUGGGGGAGGAGGAGGUGGAGGCGCAGAUCAGGAGAAUGAUGGCUGCAAGGCACUGGAGGACAUCCAGUCCAUCGCUGGAAACCAGCAGUGCUGCGACUGUGGAGAAUCCGGUCCUGACUGGGCCUCCAUCAACCUGGGCAUCACGCUGUGCAUCGUCUGUUCGGGUAUACACAGGAGCCUGGGAGUCCAUUUCUCUAAGGUGCGCUCCCUCACUCUGGACUCCUGGGAGCCCGAGCUCAUUAAGUUAAUGUGUGAAUUAGGAAACACAGUGAUCAACAGGAUCUACGAGGCUCGCAUCGACGAGAUCACCAUCAAGAAGCCACAUCCUUCCAGUCCCAGAGGAGACAAGGAGUCAUGGAUUCGAUCAAAGUAUGUUGAAAAAAAGUUCAUACAGAAGCUUCCAGAGACCGGUCGAAACCCACCGGUGAAGCGAUCCAGCUUCAAAAGGAACCGUACGGCCACGCAGGAGCGGACAGGACCGCGUCCACCGCUUAAACCCAAACCGUCCCGAGCCACUCUGGCUCGAGGCACAGGCCUGAGCUCAAGUGACCUUUUCCAGAAGAACAAUAUGAGCAAUAACAAAAAUGUAGACGAUGAAGAAGAUCUGAGUGGUCUUCAUCCAGGAGCGCUGCUGUACAGAUCUGCAGCCCUGCAGAACUUCCCAGUCAUGGCUGAUGCGUUGGCUCACGGCGCUGAUGUGAACUGGGUCAAUGCUGCGGAGGAGUCGAGCACACCGCUCAUACAGGCUGUUUCUGCGAAUGCCUUGGCAGCCUGUGAAUUCCUGCUACAGAACGGCGCCAACGUCAACCAGGCAGACGGUAAUGGCAGAGGGCCGCUGCACCACGCCACCAUCCUGGGCCACACUGGAUUGGUUUGUCUCUUCUUGAAGCGAGGUGCCGACUACAACGCCAAGGAUAAGACACAGAAAGACCCCAUAUCCAUCGCCGUGGACAACGCCAACGCUGACAUCGUGACUCUGCUCAGAAUUGCCAAAAUGAAUAAAGAGAUGCGGGAGAUGGACGGAGCGUUCGGCCAAACAGGUGAUGAAACGUACCAGGACAUCUUCAGAGACUUUUCACACAUGGCUUCAAACAACCCAGAGAAGCUCAAACGCCGCAGUGCAGACCCCAAAACCUGAGGAGCUACUGCUGUGGAACACCACAUAUACACACUUGAGCCUCAAUAAACUCAGGAACCACUGCUCACACACAAACAUAUAUACACACACACAUACACAGAUAUCCCCUGGCAACAAGCCACGUGUUCAGUCAUAGCUCAGCUGGUGUUGAGUUCACAGACAGAAUUACUCACCACACAGUGAACUCUUUGUGCCAUCACGUCACAGCAGAACAAUUGUGUGGCAGGAAAUAACUUUGACAACAGAAUCAGGUGACUUCAUGCCCAGCAGAGGGCAGUAUUCACUCUGCUAAAACCGGUGAAUUGAACUUCAUUUGACCAAAAACUUGUUUUUUUUCCUACUUUGGCAUUUCCGUUGACUUUUUUUACAUGGAAAUAUUGACUAUAUGCGAUUCAAAUGCAUUUUAAUUGCGCCAUGAAUGUGUUUUUAUACAUUAAAAAGGUUAAAAAUGUUAAGCGCGGCUUGGAUCUGUAUUUUUGAUGAAUGUUUGGUACUUGAAUCUUGUAUGAUGGUUAAAUAAAACAAAAUGAAUUAUAA